CACGCGUCGUUCAACAAUAUAUAUUUCGAGAUUUUGGAAAGUUUUCGUGUCGUUAAUUGAUACAAUGAGAGUGAUCGGAAUCGCGUUAAUAUUGUCAUUUUGGAAUUGUCUUGAUGCGGCGCCGGCGAAUGUGAUCCCCGAGUCAAAUGAAUUAUUCAAGGAAAUUAACUUGGAGCAACCGAACGAUAUCGAUCAAAAAUUCAAUCCCGAUGUCGUUCUCACCACGCCGGAGAUGAUCAGAAAAGCAGGUUAUUCUGCGGAAGCUCACAUUGUAACGACAGAGGACGGCUAUCUCUUAGCGUUACAUCGUAUACCAGGUGGUAACAACUCUUUACCUGUAUUACUACAACAUGGUUAUUUAGCUUCCUCUGCCAACUGGGUCUACCUUGGUAAAGGCAAAGCACUCGCUUACCUAUUAGCGGAUCAGGGAUAUGAUGUUUGGCUAGGCAAUUUUCGUGGCAACAUCUAUUCGAGGGCGCAUACUACUCUAUCUCCGUCAAACUCGGAAUUUUGGGAUUUCAGUUUUCACGAAGUAGGCAUCUACGAUUUACCCGCGAUGAUUUCAUAUAUCACGAAUGUGAGAUCGCAGCCAUUGCACGCGUACGUUGGUCAUUCUAUGGGUACAUGCAUUUUUUAUGUAAUGGCAUCACAACGUCCAGAAAGCGGUCGAAUGGUGGAAAUGAUGGUCAGUCUCGCACCAACAGCCUUUCUAGACCAUAUGAAAAGUGCGCUACGAUAUAUCGUUCCCUUAUAUGGGGAGCUUAAGGUGAUGAUGGAUGAUUUCUUUCACGGCGAAUUUCUGAAUAGAGAUUGGUUUAAAUUUCUCGCGAUUCUCUGCAACCAGAAUCCUACUAUGCAGGAGUUUUGUGUCAGCGUAUUAUAUAUAAUUACCGGUUACGACUUCGAACAAUUAGAUUACACUCAGUUGUUACCUGUCACCAUGGCCCAUGAUCUCGUCGGUGCAUCGAUUAAGUCGUUGACUCACUUUGCUCAGGAAUCGGAAUCGGGAAAGUUUCGCCAAUAUGAUUACGGUCGCGAGAAAAAUCUGUUGUUGUACAAUUCGUCGGAACCUCCGGACUACGAUGUAACAAAAAUUACGGUACCAACCGCUUUGUUCUACUCCAAAAAUGACUUGUUGAUCAAUCCCGAUAAUGUGAAGAAGUUAUCCCAUUUACUACCCAACGUAAUAGACAUGUAUGAAAUACCAUUGCCUAAUUUUAAUCACGUGGACUACAUAUUUGCCAAGGAUGCACCAAAACUCGUAUACGAACGAAUUAUCAAGCUCUUCAGAAGGAGAGAAUCCAAAUGUUAUCUCUGUGAAAUAAUAUGUGUUCCGCAGAUAAUAAAAAGAGCGGGUUAUCCCACGGAAACUCACGUUGUAACGACAGAAGACGGCUAUCUUUUGACGUUACAUCGUAUUCCGGGUGGCAACGGCUCUCUACCUGUAUUAUUGCUAAACGGAAUUUUUUGCACUUCCGUUGUUUGGGUCACUCUUGGCAAAGACAAAGCACUCGCUUAUCUAUUGGCGGAUCAAGGAUACGAUGUUUGGUUGGGAAAUUUCCGUGGUAGUGUCUAUUCGAGAGCGCAUAUUUCCCUAUCACCGUCAGAAUGGAAAUUUUGGGAUUACAGCUUUCAUGAAAUAGGCGUCUACGAUUUACCCGCGAUGAUUACAUUUAUUACGAAUAUGAGAUCACAGCCAUUACACGCAUACAUUGGUCAUUCUAUGGGUGAAUCUGUUUUUUACGUAAUGGCAAUAGAGCGUCCAAAAUUUGCUGAAAUGGUGAAAAUGAUGAUCAGUUUCGGACCAGGAGUUUUCUUAGAUCAUAUGAAAAGCCCACUGCGGCCGAUGUUUUAUAUAGCGACAAAGUUGCAGUCAAUAUUACGAGUUUUGUUCCAUGACGAAGUAUUACCACGAAAAGUUUUUAAAACAGCAAUGGCAUUAAUCGGUUGCGACCCGAAUUUCCUUCUAUCGGAGAUAUGCGCUCACAUUUUCAUAUUUUCGGUUUUCGGUUACGAUCCAGAGCACUUUAAUUACGCUCAGCUGCCUGUUAUCAUAGGUCACAUACCCGUCAGCCUUUCGACUAAGACAGUGGCGCACUUAACUCAGGGAAUCCAAUCGGGCAAAUUUCGUCGAUACGACUACGGUGCCACGAAAAACCUCUUAAUCUAUAAUUCGAUAGAACCUCCGGAUUAUGAUCUAUCGAGUGUUACAGUGCCGAUCGCGAUAUUCUAUGCCAACAACGACUUGCUGGUCGAUCCCAUUGAUGUGAAGAGGUUGUACAAUUUACUACCUAACGUAAUAGAUUUGUACGAAGUGCCGCGGCCCAGUUUUAAUCACGUGGGCUUUAUAUGGGCCGAGGAUGCGCCUUCACUUGUGUACGAAAGAGUUUUUAAAGGCCUGAAAGGGAAAUAUUAAAACAAUGUAACAAUACAUUGA